AUGGCUACCAAAUUAACCCCGACGACGACAUCAUGCAUUCAACUAGGACGACUUGUUUCCCUUUAUGAAUCUCGAUUUCUUACGAAGCCCCACAAAUUGUUGCAAAUUGACAGAAAAGUUGAAUUUCAUGAAUUAAUGAGGCGAAACAGGCUCAUCUACUGUCUCCGAGACUUGACGUCAACAGUUGGGUCUUCUAUCUUAACAACAUCUUGCAUUCUCUUCAUCACCAUUUUCACGGCCCAGACCACAUGCAUCCGUUGCACCAUCUUUCAAGCCAGAACUUGUCUGCUUCCAUUUCCUACAUACGGUCGGGCAGAUGCCUGGCCGACGUUCGUAAUCACAGCCACUCGAAUCGGCACCUACACAUUUUAUUCGACAAAUUCCCAUACAGCAUCUAUUCGUCUUGACACACCACCUCUUUCCAUGCCCAGCAUAAACCUGCUGAACAUUGUCUUCCCGCUGCCAGCUACACUUUUCGAUUUACCGCCGGCAGGUUGGAGAGGGAAAUGCGUCUGUUGCCAGAUGCCGUGGCAAUUAGAAGUCUGUCAGAUUGGAGCUUCCAGCAAGUUGCCCUCUCCUAAUGUGCCCCCUUUCAGUCCUCCCAACCACUCAUCCCAUGCUCUCUCCUGCUCGCCUCUGCUCUCCACACUUCCUCACCUCGUCGACAGAACCAUCAUAAGACCCCGGUCCACUGUGAAAGCCUGA